AUGGACCGACAAAAGUGGACCGCCAGGAGCGAACCGCCAGAAACGAAUCGCCAGAAACGAACCCCCAGAAACGAACCGUCAGAAGCGAACCGUCAGAAGCGAACCACCAGAAGUGAACCACCAGAAGCGAACCGCCAGAAACGAACCACCAGAGCGAAUCGCCAGAAGCGAACCGCCAGAAACGAACUGCCAGAAGCGAACCGCCAGAAACGAACCACCAGAAGCGAACUGCCAGAAGCGAACCGCCAGAAACAGAAGCGAACCGCCAGAAACGAACCACCAGAAGCGAACUACCAGAAGCGAACCGCCAGAACGAACCACCAGAAGCGAACCGCCACCAGCGGACCACCACAAGCGAACCGCCACAAGCGAAUCGCCAGAAAUGAACCGCCACAAGCGAACCGCCACAAGCGAACCACCAGAAGCGAACCGCCACAAGCGAACCGCCACAAGCGAACCGCCACAAGCGAACCACCACAAGCGAACCGCCACAAGCGAACCGCCACAAGCGAACCGCCACAAGCGAACCGCCACAAGCGAACCACCACAAGCGAACCCCACAAGCGAACCGCCACAAGCGACCGACACGACACCACAAGCGAACCACCACAAGCGAACCGCCACAAGCGAACCGCCACAAGCGAACCGCCACAAGCGAACCGCCACAAGCGAACCACCACAAGCGAACCGCCACAAGCGAACUACCAGAAGCGAACCACCACAAGCGAACCACCAGAAGCGAACUACCAGAAGCGAACCACCACAAGCGAACCACCACAAGCGAACCGCCAAUUAUGUCACGCGCAAUUCUGUAUGGGUCUGAAGCCGUAUGUGUCAUUUCCGAGAGCUUGGGACAUCUUGUCGAAAGAAGCCUCAUAUUGUGUUGGUAUGAGCAUGGAGGAUUUGAGUAUGAUUAGGUUAUUUAGCAGAAAAUUCCUAUUAGUCCACGUACAUACCUUCUCUCCAGUGCUUCAGUCAGUCGACACAAAUCAGCAGAUAUAG